UGGGGGUCCCCGUGGGUGGGGGUAUCUGUACAUUGGGGUGCCCUCUUCCCUGUGUGGGGACUGUGAACAGUAGCUGUGUCAGUGUCCCCCCUUGGGAGGGGUGAUCCCCCGCCCCCCAAGCACCUCUCCCAACUCCCAGGUGCGGUGAUCAUGGUGCUGCUGUCUGGGGAUGGGACAGGAACUGGGGAGUCACGUGGCCCUGGGGGGAGUCUGAAGGGGGAGCAGCAGCAGGUCUGGCCCAACUCAGGGGGGGAGAAAGAUGCGCAGGGCCUGGAGGGGGAGCAGCAGGAGCAGGUGGUGGCAGCGGUGGAGGAGGAAGACUAUGAGGAGUAUGAGGAUUUCUCUGAGCUGCCCGACACCUGCAGCAUCGCCUCGGAUGAUUCCUUCUACCCACCUUGUGCUGAGGAGGAUGAGGAGGAGAGCUGGUCCCUGGGGGAGUCGGAUGUCAGCAGCCCCGAGCCGCUGAGCCUCUUCCGAGCCUGCUGCACCAACAACGCCGUGGUGCUGAGGGCGCUGAUGCGCCAGGGGCCCGAGGAGGAGGAGGUGCGGGAGACCGACCGCAACAACCGGACUGGCCUUAUUGUUGCCUGUUACCAAGGUUUUGUGGAUAUUGUAAUAGCCUUAGCACAGUGCCCUCAUGUUGAUGUAAACUGGCAGGACAAUGAAGGGAACACGGCUCUAAUUACAGCUGCGCAGGCAGGGCAUAUAACCAUUACAAACUACUUGUUGAACUAUUUUCCUGGUCUUGAUAUUGAGAAGAGGAAUGUAUUUGGAUUCACAGCCCUGAUGAAAUCUGCAAUGCAAGGCCGAACUGAAUGUGUCAGAGCCUUAAUGUUGGCAGGGGCAGAUGUCCACGCGACUGACCCAAGCCGUGGAAUGACUCCACGGGAAUGGGCUUGUUACACAGGAAGAUCAGAAGCAGCCUUCCUCAUGCAGAGGCUGAUGGACAGGCCAUGCCCUGAGCAGUUUUGUGACCAGUAUAAGUCAGAAUGGCCAAAGAUGAAGGAACUUCUUGCCAAGGCCGCAGAACCAAAAAACUGUUUGCAGAGGAUUUCGGAGGGUGUGAGGUCAGCAAUGUCAUUCAGGGCUUCCUGUGGCCCUGAAGAAGAUGGCGUCCUUGACCACAUGGUUAGGAUGACUACAAGUUUAAACAGCCCCUUUAUUGCCAUAUCUUGCAGGACUGUGUGCCCAGGGAGCCCACCCUGCGUGGGGAAACGCACACUGGCUGUGCAGGAAAUCCUUAGGAAGCAAAGAGCCCAGGAUAUCCGAUCUCAGGACAAAGACCACGUUAGCAGCUAUGAGAAAUUAUUUCAGAACUCCAGAGUCAUGUUGAUCCCCAAAAAGAAGGACCGGCGGGCUAGUCUGCAGCCCCUCAGCCUCACAGUAGCUCACAUGAACACUGUGGUCACAAGGAAAGCAAGCCUCCUGCCACUGCACCUACUGAGAAGGAGCAGUGUGAGACCAGGAUUUGUCAUCCCCAAAGUGCGUGUCAACAAGGCUCCUCCACCCACCUACCAACCAGAGAAAGUGAGGAGGAAGAGCAGUGCCAAAGACGGCACUUAUCUACAGAUUCCCAAAUGGAGAUACAAAGAGCUGAAGGAGGAGCGGAAGAAAGCAGAGGAAGAAGAGAAGAGGAAAGCAGCAGAGGCUCAGACACUGAGGCAGGGGUCUCCGCAGAAGAACAGGACAUGACUCAAUGGUGGGGAUGAUGUCAGACAUUCCAUUGUUAACAGACUGGGCACAUCAAAGUAGGGGCAACUAAACUGAAUAAUGGCCCUAUGGCACUGAAAUAGCACAUGGGCUAUCACUGACUGUAUCUGGUGGAGUGUGAGGAACUCUUGGGGCUGAAGUGUAAAAAAUGGUUUGUUUGCCCACUGGCAGAAAAUUGAGGUGGUGAUUUUUUCCCAAAAUUAACAGCUGAGAAACAGCCUUCGUGGCGCAUAUUCAUGACAGAGCCAUGUUUUGUGUUCAUUUUCUACUGGAUAAAAUUGAGGGCUUCAGCUUUUGAUAUUAGUCACUCUCCCUUCCCCUUCGGUAGGACCGUAUGAAUUGCAAUGCUUUGUAAUAAUAAUGAAAACCACAAUGAGUUUAAGGUUUGCCACAAUCUUGGUCCAGUAGGUGGAGGGUAAUGAAUCCAGGGCUAUAUGUAAUGCAUAUCUUUUUGAAUAUGGUAAAGCACUUUAUGAUUAACAUUUUAAUUCUGAAAACCAGAGUUUAAGACAUCAAAGGUAUCAAAUGCUACACAUGUACUGUCUGAAUGAAUGUAAUUCUUAACGCUAUUGGUUUUACUCUUUGAAGAUAAAAAUGGCUGCAUAUCUAAUGUAUACACUGUCUCAACAACUGAGAUAAUCAGAACCCCACUUGAUGUAAAUCAACCUGGCUCCAUAAACAUCAAUGGAGCGACACCCAUUUACACCAGCUGCGGAUUUGGCCCAAUUUUUUAAUGUCAUGAUCAACUUUAAGAUUUCCCUCCUCCCUUACGGUUUUUCCUUUACUUGCUAUCGACCUUCUUCUCUUUUGUCUCAGGGAAUGUGCUAUUCCACUCUCGGAUCAUUGCAUUUACCUACAAAAUCAUCAGAUGGUUGAAGGUUCUUUUACUAAAUCUAAGUUUGCCCCUUGGGAAUGGUCCAGCGUACAACCAGAAAGGACCAGAUGAUCACUCAAAUAAUGAAAUUGUCUUCUCAUACCUUCAAGAAGUAGAUCAAGGAUAGUGAGUGCAGCAGUACGCUAUGAAAAUAAUCAAAAAGGUCAUAUGAGGCAGCCCAUUCACCAGCAUUUGGAAAUCCAGGAUAGUCAUCCUGGCGAGGGUCUGACAUAGUACAUCGUGGGUGCUAAAUGGGGAGUGCUGCAUCUACCAUCUCCAUCCCAGUCCUUGGGAAACUAUUUCUUAAUAUCAAAUUCACAGCAGGAAUCACCCAAGCUGUUCUUAAACUGGCAAAUGAGGAGCAACGUGCCAGGCAUAUUGUUCCAUACCCUUCCUGAAUCCCAUAAAACUAAUAAGGUAGGCUGCAUAUGGUAGCUUUGCCAGCAUCAAAGCCCUAUGACUUUCAGAGCAAUUCCCUAAGUCCCACACAUAAUCCUAGCUGUAACGUUAGAACGUGAGUGGCAUUUAUGGCCACAGAAAUGGACCGUUCCUGUAUGCACAUAGCCCUUUUGAAACUCAGAGUUUAUUUCAGUCCCUAUUAAGGCUAUUUUGGUUCUAUCAAGAAGAAAGUGUACAGGGCAUAGGAAACCACUUGUAAAUUUAGGAAUUUUCUAUAGAUUUUUUUUUAUAGCAAGUUAGCUGACAAACUUUGGUAAGGGCUCUGUGCUUGCUACUUGCAGUAGAAAGAUAAUGUUAAUAGUAUUCAAAAGAAAACAGCAAGGCAUACAGUAAAUAAUCCAUCUAUGUUUUUAUAUUUCCUUCCAUUUCAAAA